CACACUUGACACUUACCUCUAAAGACAAGAAAAAGGAAAGAAUGGGGAACUGUCUAAGGCAUGAGUCAGAAAUGCACUGGGCUGGUGAAGAUUGGGAUGAUUUCAUCACACAAGAUGAAGAACAUCACCAUCAUAGCUCCAAGAAGACCUCCAUUAAAGCUAGCAAAACAGUAACUGUUAAACGAGAAAGUAAAUCAUGUGAUCCAUCUCACCAUGAGAUCAAGAUCAGGCUCACGAGGAAGCAACUCCAAGAUUUACUUAAUAAAGUCAACGUCCAUGACUUAACCGGUUCUGCAGCGUCACAUAUUGAUCGUAAAACUGAAGAAGGCAACCAGCCCCGGUUAUGGAAACCGGUUUUGCAGAGCAUACCAGAGGUUGACUGAGAGUUUCUAAUAGAUGAGACCAUGUUGUAUAUUCUUUAGGGGUAGGAAUAGGAUGUUGAUGUAAAUUUUGAGUUUUUUUGUUUUUGUUCGUAAAUAAUUUAUAAACAUAGACCUUCUUGACCGGUGGUAAUACUAGGGGUGGGCACUUCGGUUAUAUUAUCGGUUCGGGUUCGGUUUUGUUAGUU